UUUGGAUUCCGCCAUGGCCUCACAACUCUGCGGCCGGAAUCCUUGCUUGGCUUCCAUUCCAUUCCAUUCAUCCAGAGGCUGCGUUCAUGAGGGGUGUUACAUCUCUGCCGUCCGCCGUGUGUUGUGGAUGUGAAGGACCCUUUUCAGGUUGGUCUCAGUGGAUUGCUCUUCGGUGUCACUGUCUCUCAAUUCUCUCACAUUUCUUCUCCCGCAUGUGAUAGCUUCUCUGUGCUUGCCCCUGGUUGUGCGGCAUUGCAAGGAUUUCGUGUUAGAACCUGAAGUAGUUCUGGGAGGGAGGGGCUUUCGUUGUGGAAGAGUGCGGAUAGUGCGCUAAACUAUUAAUUCAGGUUCAGAGGACGACGAUGAUUCGACUGAAACUUGUGGGUCCCCCGUGAAGGACUCUGCUUACGUGGGUGUCUUUGGGUGGGACUAUGAAUUUAGCCAUUCUUCGGAGGUUUGAUAAACCUGGGUUGUAGAGAGUAGGGAGUAGGGUUUUGGGGGAUUUGGGAUUUUUGGGUGACAGAGGCUCUGGAAAUGCAGAAAUUUCCGAGGAUGAGUGCGAGUGUGGCGUUUAGAGCUAUGGUUCAUAUCCCGCUGCCUCGCAUUCUGCGCAGAGCCUGCCCAACUGCCACACGUGGUUAUGGUUCCAGUGCAAUCUUGCAUCGGAGAGCUGGAAUUGCCCGAAGGAUUACUUGCGACGGGACGUUGCCCCAGGGAAAUGUUGGCAAGGAUUUCAGUCAGAGUGCUUCUGAUAUGCAAUUCCUGGGUAGCCAGAGAGAAGCCAGUAGCAUGUGGCUGAAUGUAAGCAAGCGAGGAAAUCUUAGCUCACGGCAUAUUUGGAUUUUGCCUCCGGCCCAGAUGGGCAGGCGUUCGUCCAAGAUUGCCACUAAAAAGGGAGCACAAGACAAGAAGAAGGCUAAGUUGUACGGGAAGAUGGGAAAACAGAUCGUUAAAGUUGUCAAAGCGGGAGGGCCCAAUCCAGCUGCAAAUGCAGCACUCGCACAAUUGAUACAGCAAGCUAAAGACACCGAUGUCCCUAAGGAUAUUAUUGACCGAAACAUCAAGAAGGCAACAGAUAAAGACCAGCAAGAUUUUGUUGAACUGACCUAUGAAGUUUAUGGUUAUGGAGGGGUGGGACUAGUGUUGGAAGUUCUCACGGAUAACCAUAAUCGAGCUGCAUCUACCAUUCGUGAUGUUGUCAAGAAAAAUGGGGCUAAAAUGGCAGACUCAGGGUCUGUGCUUUUCAAUUUCAAGAGUGCGGGAGUAAUCUAUGUUAAAGCUGACAAGGUAGAAGCAGAUGAUUUACUACUUGCAGCAAUGGACGCUGGUGCGGAAGAUGUAGUAGAACCUUCAUCUGAUGACGAAGACGACGAAGAAGAUGAUGAGAAAUACUUCAAGGUGCUCACGCCAGUGGAUCAGUUUGCAACCGUGCGUGCUGGCCUGCAGGAGGCUGGUGUUCCAUUCGAUGCUGACAGUUCUGGUCUGGAGCUCAUUCCGGUUGCUGAGAUUGAGGCUGAUGACGAAGCAAUGGAUCUAAACAAGAUCUUGAUAGAGAAGUUACUUGACCUUGAUGAUGUAGAUGCAGUGUACUCAAACCAAAAAUAGACGUGCAAAACAUUCGACGAGGGAAAUUACUAAUUUUAUACUGUGACCCAGCAUCCACAAUUAGAAUCAUUGGCGCCACUAGAGUUCAUCAGAAUCUUUUUCUAUCUUAGCAGCUUAUUAGUGUAUCAUUUCACUUUCACGACUAGUAGUGGGCAUUGGACAUGACACGUUUAAUGUCGAAACCAUUUUUGCAUUUAUUCUGUAACCCGAAACCUUCUUUUGAAAGUUAAUUCAUAGGCUAAUGAUGGAUAAAA